AUGUCUGCUGGCGACAUGCUCCCAGAUACGGCUCUCUUGACGACGAUUGCGUCCUUACAGGAAAAAAUGAGAGAUAUUUGUGACCUCAUACCGAUCUCCAGUUGGGGUUUCACAGGUGAUGUCCAUGAAAAGCUACGGCAAAGAAAACAUAGAAUGGUGAACCAACAACUGACAGCUAAAGAGAAGAAGACACUAACGAAGAACAAGAAGCAGCAAGUAGCGCGAUUCGGGGGCGGAGUUUGCUAUCGUGUGUCCGAAGUAAUUAAUCUGCACUCGGCUACGAAUGGGAAAGACUCCAAGCUUGAAAAGGCAACUCCUACGCCAGCUCCGCCCAAGUCAGAGAUUACGGAAAGCCGAAAGGAAAACAAAAAUCAGAAAGAAAAUAUGCGGCCGAAGUCGGCUAUCAAAAUAAUUGAGAAAACUGGCAGAAACGAAAAUUCUGUCGCAGGAAUGGAAUCCAUGGCUAAGGAACGAGUUUCUACCGAUGACGACAGCACCGAUGAGGAGGUCGAAAAUGUCUCUGCCGUAAAAUCAAAGAAGCGGCCUACUAUCCAGUCUACUCCACUACUGAGUGCAAAAAAGCAGAAAUUGAGUGUGGAGCCCGUGCCAUGUGAAGCAAAAGACCAGUCAUUGAACAUUACG